AUGGGCAAGGGCAAGGUCCACCCGUCGCCGUCGCCACCGGUGGCCGGCGGCGAGACGGCGGAGGGGGUGCUCCUCCGGCUGCUCCCCGCGGUCGUGCUCGCCAUGGCGGCGCCGCUGGGGCCCGAGGGGAAGGAGGUGCUCGCGUACCUUGUCCUCGCCUCGCUGCGCUCCUCGGCGCCGCCCACGCCGGCGAGGGAGGAGCUCUCCGCGGCUGGGGAGGGCUGCGGGAAGAAGCCCCACCGUCCGGAGCUCGGGUGCGGGUGCUUCGGGUGCUACACGGCGUACUGGUCGCGCUGGGACGGGUCCCCGGAGCGCGACCGCGAGGCGAUUCACCGGGCCAUUGAGGCCUUCGACGAGCACCUGGCCCGGCAGGAGGAGGGGAAGGGUGGCCGCCGCCGCAAGAAGCGAGCGGCCUCCUCCAGGGGCAAGGCCAAGGCGUCGGCGGCCGUUGACCCUCCGCUGCCUGAGCAGGGGGAGACCUCGGACGCCGCGGCUCCUGUGCUGGCGGAGGUGGUUGAGGGCAGGGAGGAGGAAGUGAAGAAGACGGUGGAAGAGGAGGAAGCCACCACCGCGUCUUGCGCCCGCGACGACGUCCCGGAGGAGCGCAGGCGCCGGGUGUGGGGCGCGGUCGCCGGCGUGUUCAACUGGAGGGGAUGGGGCCUGUGGGGGUCCCACUAG